AUGAAAGAACGUGUGAAAGAGAUUAUCGGAUAUGUGGCACAAGUACAGUCGCCGCUGCUUCACGGGUCGCGGUUUAGAAAUCGUUUAAGGUUACCUGGAACGUUCGCAUCGGCCAGAUUUAGUAAUCUGAAGCUAGGUAGUCGAAGUUUCUAUCAAAGCGGUACUUUUACUGGUAUCCUUUCAAGAGACAAAGAAUUUGUCCGCAGCGAUAGCGACCCGUGAUCAGUAAAGACACUCGUGUUGCCAACUGCAGAUCCGCCAGGAUGGUGGGGAGGGAAACGACACUGUAAGGCCCAACUGGCAAGGCAU